UCUCCUUCCUACGUUGAAUCCUAAGAAGACAAAAGUUACAAAACACUACGAAAUUUCGCAUAAUUUUUAAUUUUUUUUUAAUUUUUAAUUACAGAGACUGCAAAAGCACCAAAGCUUUGACUCUCUCCAUUUCAUUUCACAUUUAUUUCCAAUUAUUUUCAUUAUUUAUCCACUCAAAACCCUUCAUUUGUGGUGCAAUUUAAGGCAAACCUCUUCGUUUUUCUAACCCCAUCUGGGUUUUUGGUUUUUUUUUUUCCCUCGAAGUUCCCAUCUCAGCAUCAAGGGUUCUUGCAAAUCUCAGGGAGAUUUUGAGAAUUUUGAAGCUUUGAGUCAUGGGAAAUUGCUGUACAACACCUACCUCUUCAUCUCAGAAGAAAACAAAGGCGAGAAGGAACAAACCAAAUCCAUUUUAUGGUGAUGAUUAUGUAGUAAGCAAUGUAUCUGGAACCCAUAAGCUCAGUGUACUGAAAGACCCCACGGCUCAUAAUAUUUCAGUUCAAUAUGAUCUGGGUCGUGAGCUCGGACGAGGGGAGUUUGGUGUAACAUAUUUGUGUACUGAUGUAAAUACUGGUGACAAGUUUGCUUGCAAGUCUAUUUCAAAGAAGAAACUGAGGACUGCAGUGGAUAUUGAGGAUGUGAGGAGAGAGGUGCAGAUCAUGAAGCAUUUGCCUAAGCAUCCAAAUAUUGUGUCAUUGAAGGAUACUUAUGAGGAUGAUAGUGCUGUGCAUAUUGUGAUGGAGUUGUGUGAGGGAGGAGAGUUGUUCGAUAGGAUUGUUGCGAGAGGGCAUUACACAGAGAGAGCUGCUGCUGCAGUCAUGCGGACCAUUGUGGAAGUUGUGCAGGUGUGUCAUAAGCAUGGAGUGAUGCACCGUGAUCUCAAACCAGAGAAUUUUCUGUUUGCAAAUAAGAAGGAAACUUCUCCAUUGAAGGCAAUUGAUUUUGGGCUGUCAGUCUUCUUCAGACGUGGUGAGCAAUUUAAUGAGAUUGUGGGAAGUCCAUAUUACAUGGCUCCAGAGGUUCUAAAGCGCAAUUAUGGUCCUGAGAUUGAUGUCUGGAGUGCUGGAGUUAUUCUGUAUAUUUUACUUUGUGGUGUCCCACCUUUCUGGGCAGAAACUGAGCAAGGUGUAGCACAGGCAAUUAUUCGCUCAGUUAUUGAUUUUAAGAGGGACCCUUGGCCUAAAGUUUCUGACAAUGCCAAGGACCUUGUGAAGAAGAUGCUUAAUCCUGACCCGAAGGAGAGGCUUACAGCUGAGCAAGUGCUAGAGCAUACUUGGAUACAAAAUGCCAAGAAGGCACCGAAUGUUCCACUUGGUGAGACUGUGAAAGCAAGGCUUAAACAAUUCUCUGUAAUGAACAAGCUGAAGAAAAGAGCUCUAAGGGUUGUGGCUGAGCACUUGUCCGUGGAGGAAGCGGCUGGCAUAAAGGAAGCAUUUGAAAUGAUGGACACUAGCAAGAGAGGCAAGAUAAACCUUGAGGAGCUUAGAGUUGGGCUGCAAAAAAUUGGCCAAAACAUUCCUGAUGCAGAUGUUCAAAUCCUAAUGGAAGCUGCUGAUGCUGAUGGGGAUGGAACUUUGAAUUAUGGAGAGUUUGUUGCGGUUUCAGUUCACCUUAAGAAGAUGGGCAAUGAUGAGCAUUUGCACAAAGCUUUUGCUUUCUUUGAUAAAAAUCAGACUGGUUACAUAGAGAUUGAGGAGCUACGAGAAGCCUUAUACGAUGAAGUCGAGCCCAAUAGUGAAGAUGUUAUCAAUGCCAUUAUGCAUGAUGUUGAUACAGACAAGGAUGGUCGCAUAAGUUACGAGGAGUUUGCUGCAAUGAUGAAGGCUGGUACAGACUGGAGAAAGGCAUCCCGACAAUAUUCACGAGAAAGAUUCAACAGUUUGAGCUUGAAGUUGAUGAGGGAUGGAUCAUUACAGUUAGCCAGCUGA